ACUACAGUUGGCGCGCUUCACGAGAGUUGCGUUGCGAAUGUGCGACUGAUGCUCAAGGAUAGGUUCAUUGAAGGUAAGAGCUUCUAGAAAUCGCAACCUUAUGUCCCUUUGGGAUAUCCAAGGCUUUAAGGAUGGUGCAGGAUGAAGUAACCCGUUCCAUAUCUCAAGGGGGCUGAAAGAGGCAGCAAGUAAAAGAAAACACGAGAGGCAGAGUAGCCAAUAUUCAUGUAGGAAUGUUUAAGAAAGAGCAUUUGAAUAGGUUAAAGAAAAUAAGUGUUAGCAAGGUGUGAGUGGACAUACAACUGACAAAUGGAGGCGAUUCGGAAAACAGCUGAGAGUAUAAGAUUAUGUGUGAUUAUAAAAUAAAAUAUAGUGCUAGAAACGGUAUUGUGAUAUACAACUAGCUAUCUUCCUUUUAUUAUCGAAGCUAGUAGAGCACCUUUCGUUUUUUUUAAUUUGUUUUUUUCAGUUAUUAUAGGGUCUUGAGUAGGCUUCGUAUAUUAGCGAAUUGUCUAGUUUGCUUGUAAUAGGAUUUCUGAGUAGGAAGUGAAGCCAAUUCAACGUUCGUAACACGAUUUAAAGAGGUAUUUUGCGUGAUAAAUCAGCUUCAAUACCAUAAGUCCGUGACAUCCCACUAAACCAUAAGGAGCCGUAAUUAAACAAAAUGUUCUGCCCUACAGACAUGGAUGGAUUGAAGUUAUCUCCCCACCUUCAUGUUUGCUGGUCAGUAACGCCACCCUCCCUCCUUUUGUGAUGUUAGGCUCUCUUACGUUUGUGGUAAGUAUGAUUAAUGCUUUAAUCAAAGCACAUAGUUGGAAUACACUGUCUCUACUAGGUCCAUGUUACAAGCAAAUCAGAUAUUUAAACAUUCUGUUUUAUGGGUUAGAUGUCCAUAUAGUAUAUCACACUGCUAUGAAAAUAACUAAUGGUUUAAAGAAGUAAGGAUUAAUAGUAAAUCAAAAGAUAUGGGAGGGUAUAAAAUUGUAGAAAAAAAAAGAAAAAAGAUUUUAGGGUGAGAAAAAUAAAACAUUGAGAAACUCACAAGACUUUGUGGCCAAAUUUUGAGCUUUGAAUGAUCGGCCUUAGUAUGUAGUGACUCACGUUUAUCACGAGAACACGACUGGUUUAAUAAAAACAAUUAUUAUUACAACCAACUGUACCAGUGUUUGUUUUAAUGUGCUUUUGUUUGACUGUGCUAAUUAUAGCCAUUUUGUGCUUCCAUUACCUUCCAUCAUUGUUCCGCGGUUUUUGGUACUGUUCGCACGUACUCCUGUCUUCUGCUUUUGCUUGUACCUUCUCUUGGCACGAUCUCGGUAUUCGUUCAAUACCACGAGAUCGCCAACGAAAUAAAUCUGGUUACGUUCAAUCCUCGCCUUCUGAUUUAUCUGGCACGUGUUUCUUGGUAGCGGUGUUCACAGUUGAUCUCAACUCGACGCCACGCUACAAUUGGUAAUCCCAAUUCGACCACAAUUGGUGACCCGUAUUUUGGAACACGCCUUAACUUCUGAUCAAAUCUUCCAAAGAAGCCAAUUCGGUGAGUCUAUGGUUUAUCUAUCCACGUCUGUCGUAUAUUUUUAUAUUUUUUAAUAUAUAAUAUACGCGACAUGACGGAUAACAAUAAGAAUAGUAUUAAUAUAAUAGACUCACACAUAUGUGUACCGAAUCCUUGUCACUUUUUAUUCGCGUGAUGAUGAAUUCCACGCUUUAUUCGAGAAAUUCCCCGUACUCACUAAACCACUCGAGGAGCUUCCAUCGGUGACCAAUCGUGUGGUACACCACAUAGUCACCCGCGGACCGCCAGUCACGGCACGACCUCGCCGACUGGCACCGGACAAAUUAGCUUUUGCUAAGCGUGAGUUUGACAAUUUACUAGCUACUGGUAUUAUUCGUCCUUCUCACAGUCCAUGGGCCUCUCCUCUACACAUGGUGCGCAAAAAAGAUGGGGUUAGUUGGAGACCAUGCGGCGACUACCGAGCUCUAAACGUAGUUACGCGCUUUGAUAGCUACCCCAUCCCCCACAUACACGACAUCACGGCAUCGCUCAAGGGCACGACUAUCUUUUCUAAGAUCGAUCUGGUACGAGCAUAUCAUCAGAUCCCAGUCGCUCUUGAAGAUAUCGAAAAGACUGCUAUCACGACUCCUUUCGGUUUGUUUGAGUUCCUACGAAUGCCAUUUGGAUUACGGAAUGCUGCUCAAACUUUUCAAAGGUUUAUCGAUAGCAUUGUACGAGACCUCGAUUUUGUUCACGUCUAUAUUGAUGACCUGCUAAUCGCAUCAUCAAACGUAGAUGAACAUUAUCAACAUCUUACGCUAUUAUUCCAACGACUUUCGGAUAAUGGAAUAGUAGUUAACCCAGACAAAUGCGAGUUAGGUAAACCAGAAAUCAUAUUUCUGGGUCAUGUUAUCAAGCAAGAGGGUAUUUUACCUUGUGAGGACAAAGUGCAAACAAUAAAGGAGUACAACGAGCCGUCCUCACUCAAGGAACUGAAGGCUUUUCUCGGUUUGGUUAACUUCUACCGUCGUUUCAUCCCACACGCGGCAGAACGGUUACGACCACUAACCGACUUAUUACGCGGCAACCCACGUAGAUUGGAAAUGAACGAUUCUGCACGUACUGCAUUCACUGAAAUCAAAACGGCUCUUGCACAAGCCACUCUUCUCGCCCAUCACGAUCCAUCAGCCACGCUUAGUAUAGCGGUUGAUGCAUCCGAUGUCGCUAUAGGAGCAGUCAUGCAACAAAACAUCUCCGGUAGUUGGCAACCUCUCGAGUUUUUCUCACGACGCCUUACUGCCACGGAGACGAGAUAUAGCGCUUUUGGUCGCGAGCUGCUAGCAGCCUACUGCGCCAUCAAACAUUUUCGGCACGCAGUAGAAGGACGUCAAUUCAUUUUAUUCACCGACCAUAAGCCCUUAACGUAUGCUUUGCAUACCAAGUCUGACCGCUACUCACCACGAGAGUGCAGACAUUUGGACUAUAUCUCUCAGUUCACGACAGAUCUUCGUCACAUCCAAGGCAAGUCGAACUGUGUUGCCGAUGCUCUAUCACGAAUCCAAAUGAAUGCAGUUACCCUGCCGGUGCUUGAUCUUCCUGCUAUGGCCGCUGCCCAAGCAAACGAUCCCAGCUGUACAGAAGCACCACACUCUACGUCCCUUCAGUAUCAGGAAGUACCUCUGGCCACGACUUCUGGCACCAUCCUAUGUGAUACUUCUACCGGUCUUCCUCGACCCAUCGUACCCUCUGCUUAUCGCCGUCUCGUAUUCGAUGCCCUGCAUGGAUUAUCUCACCCAGGUAUCGCAGCUACAUUACGCCUCAUCGCUGCACGAUACGUCUGGCCGUCCAUGAAUAAAGAUGUUCGUAUGUGGGCUAAGCAAUGCUUACAAUGUCAACGAUCAAAAGUGCACAGGCACGUAGCCGCCCCCCUCGGUACAUUCGCUACGCCUGAUGCUCGCUUCGAUCACGUUCACUUAGACAUUGUAGGACCACUGCCACCAUCGCACGGGUGUGAUCACAUACUCACGUGCAUCGACCGCUUCACCAGAUGGCCCGAAGCUAUACCCAUCACGUCUAUCACGGCGGAGACAGUUACUCACCGCUUCGUAGAACGAUGGAUAGCUCUAUAUGGUUGUCCCUCGACCGUCACGACUGACCGAGGACAACAAUUUGAGUCCGCACUAUUCUCCUCACUUACUCGGCUGCUUGGUACGGAACGAAUACGCACUACCGCCUACCAUCCAGCUUCAAACGGUUUAGUUGAAAGGUUUCACCGGCAACUUAAAAGUGCUCUUCGAGCACACGAAAACGACGACUGGUACGAAACCUUACCGCUCGUUCUUUUAGGUAUCAGAACGAGUUUAAAGGCAGAUAUCCAAUGUUCCGCCGCUGAACUUGUAUACGGCACGACAUUGCGUCUGCCCGGGGAAUUCUUCACACCACGGAGCAGACCUAAUUUCGCUAAAUCAGACUACGUCCAACGACUGUCUGCAUUUAUGCGAACGCUGCCUCCGGUGUCAACUCGAAUACAACAUCGACAGGUCGCUCUCCCUCGAGAGUUAUCUACCUGUUCACAUGUUUUUGUACGAGUAGAUUCGGUACGCAAACCUUUACAACAACCUUACGAAGGCCCUUUUCGCGUGAUCGCUCGUCACGAAAAGACCUUCAAGGCUGAUCGACACGGCCGCGUCGUGAUCGUCAGCAUUGAUCGUCUCAAACCAGCACACGUCGAUGACAGUGCCCUAUCUGACAACCUGAGAUUCAAUGCUAGACCUAGCAAACCUACUAGCGGGAUCCUCAAAUCAUCUACAGGUCCCACGCUAGAUACAUCUGAGACCUCAUUCUCACGUCCCAGUCAACAGCACGCGUCAUCUGCACCGUCUACGGACGAGACGACAGUCUCACGUCCAGAUCAGCAGACCACGCCGCCCUUGACUUCGGAUGAGAUUGCAGGCUCACGCGACGCGAACGAGACUGCCGUCUCACGUUCCGGUCGCCGAGUACGGUUACCCGUACGCUUCCGCGAAUAGUCGCACAGUCAACUACCGAUACGGUGUAGGAUUAUUCCUAUACUACACGUAUGCUACACUCUUCUUUUUUUGAUUUUCUUUUUGUUUCCUGAGCCCACGCCUUCGACCAUCUCCGUUUGGUUCCGUCGACUUCAGUCAACUUUGGCGAAAGCUGGAUUGGCCACCCACGCUCUUGUCAACGUACUCAGUCGAUAUAUUGGUUUCGAACGCUUGGCACACGCUUGGUCACGAACUUGGUCGUAACGGUCGCUUCUGGUCUUUCGGCUCAACGUGGUUUCGUCCUACGUCUGCAGCGUUUCUGGUGCGCACCUCUACGAACGCCCUCUUCAGAUUCUGGAUACAAACCACUCUGGUGUAGCAUGCCAACUCAAGCAAUAAAUACAACACAUCGCUCCUGGUACCGUUCUCCGAUAACGACCUUCGUUGGCAACUCGACGAUCAACGAUCGCUUUCCUGUUCGCCAAUUCUUCCGUCCUACAAUCGCUCAUCAGCCGAUCAGUCCCACGAUUCAAACCGCUAUUUAUCGAAAGUGUAAACCCUUUCUAGCGGGGGGCUCCUGUAGUGACUCACGUUUAUCACGAGAACACGACUGGUUUAAUAAAAACAAUUAUUAUUACAACCAACUGUACCAGUGUUUGUUUUAAUGUGCUUUUGUUUGACUGUGCUAAUUAUAGCCAUUUUGUGCUUCCAUUACCUUCCAUCAUUGUUCCGCGGUUUUUGGUACUGUUCGCACGUACUCCUGUCUUCUGCUUUUGCUUGUACCUUCUCUUGGCACGAUCUCGGUAUUCGUUCAAUACCACGAGAUCGCCAACGAAAUAAAUCUGGUUACGUUC